AUGAAAUCAUUUGCAACGUUGCCCUUUGAUGUCGUUUCUGAAAUUCUCUCAUUUUUCAAUAUUGAAGAAUUAAUAUUUGUGAUUGGAUUUACUUGUACAAAGUGGAGAACAAAUGUUGCAUUUCCCAUCAUUUCCAAACACGUUUCCGAAAAUUAUAACAUUGAUUUACAUAAUUUUGAUGAUUUAUUUAGAACACGAGAUGGUCGAAAUGUUGUACGACAUAUUCUAAGACGUUGCGUUAAAUAUUAUGCAAAUAUUUUAAGCAAAUACUCGAAAGACGAUAGUGGUCAAACAAUUACUCAUCCUCCAAAUUUAAUGGAAAUAUUGAGUAUACUGAAAUAUUACUUUUCCUUUUUUAAGUGUCCAUACGCACAAGCUAAAAAACCACAAACUUCCCAUCCAUCAAGCAAGAAAGGUAUAUUUGGAAAUUUCUUAGGCUCACUAUUUGGAAAAAAACAUUCCAAUGACACAAGUAAUGAGCCAUGCUUCACAACUAUCAUUAACUUGAACGAUCCAAAGGAUGUGAAACAUGUGCAACUGAACACUACUGAGCAUCCAAAAGCAAACCUGGAUCAUUUAUCGAAAAUUGCACUCGAUGGAAAUGCUAAAGUUGGAAAAACAGCAUUUCUAUUAUGCUCCAUGGAUGGUGUAGUAACAAAUCCUUUGGAUCCAUAUUUGACUACAAUUGGAAUUGACUUUAGAGCCAAGACAUUUGUGAUUGGAGACAAUAUCUUCUCAGAAAAGUUACAAGUGUGGGAUAAACAAUCAAAUUUGAAUUGGUUACCAGAAUCAUACAUUUCGAACGCAACAUUUAUAUUCGAAAUGUUUUCUUUAACAGAUAGGAAUACUUUUGAUUCAUUGGUUGAAACAGCGAACAACUUGGACAGAUUUACAAAAAAAGAAAUAAUACUGCUUGGAACUGGAUCCGACAUGCACCAUCUUAGAUGUGUAACUUCGCAAGAAGCAUCUAAAUUUGCAUUUGAGAGGUUGAAUGGGGCGUUGUAUCAAGAUAUUUCAUUAUUAGAAACUUGUGAAGCCAAAUCUAUUGUGUGGUAUGCAUGUCUUCUUCAGUAUUGCCUGCGAGAGAAAUAA